UACGCUGUUGUCAAAGAUUUCAAGAACGAGAAUCCACUUUCCAUGUGUAGAGCAAUAAUCAGUCUCAGUGAAUGGAUCAUCUACGACAACGAGUAAAUAAGCACCGAGUCUGUACUUGCGUGAGUCUUCGUACAACAGUGAAAUUUCGGAGUGAGAUACUAUACUCUUGCUGCCAAUCAUUAUUUUUAUAGAUCCAUACAGUUAUUUGUAACAAGAUUACCUGAGCUGCAAGUGGAUACCAGUGGAUAAAAACUGCGACACGGUUGUGUUCUCGGUACAUAUUACAUGUAUCGAGAUUGUAUCCAGUUUGAAUCUUUCUCCAGUGGCCAGAUGACAUGGCUGCUUUCUUUAAUAACAACUGCCAGUGGCAAGGCUGUGGUAAGAAAUGCGGAACUCUAUUGGAGCUAAUAAAUCAUGUAGAGUCAACACACAUCGAUUCGGAUCAAGCAGCACUUGAGAGACGGGAGCAGAUGGCAGCCAGCUCUUCAAAUUCCCAGAGCACUUGCACUGCUUUGUCAUACAUCCACCGCUUCUUCUCUGAUGCUGCUAUGGAUGGGCGCAAACACAAUGCUCUGUUGGCGGAUGUAGGACUGGUUCCCCCUACCACUGCCUCUACUCCUGCUACUGUAGCUGCAGUUACUUCUACUGCUACUGUUGCUGCUGCUAACACUGCUCCGGCACCAUCACCGAAACGAGUAAAAAAAUCUGCUCCACGCCGAUCAUCAUCGGUUACUGCGGCUGCCGUUACCAGUCAACUAUCCAAAGAUGGUGACCGUGAAGCAAAAGGCGGAAAGGGGAGUGCUGCUGGUGUUUCUUCUGGCGCUACAGCACCUGUCAGUGGUGGCGGAGGAGGAGGACUGGGCGAGGCAGAUAAUGUUGAUAGUGACGAUUCAUGGACUUACCAGGACUCGGUCACAAGCGAUGAGAUUAUGAAGUUGAUGAACACUGACGAUGAUCCGGACAAGCCAUUCAUAUGCCCAGUGCAAGGCUGUGGAAAGCGCUAUAAAAAUGUUAACGGAAUAAAGUAUCAUGCCCGCAAUGGCCAUAAGUCUGAAAAGAAGAUCCGAAAGACGCACAAAUGCAAGUGUGGCAAGAGCUACAAGAGUUCAUCAUCACUUCGGGCGCAUCAGAACACCCAUAAUCAUGACAAUGAAGCCAAGACACCCGCAUUGGACUCCACCAUGUUGACACCAACGACUACCUCACUGGCCAGUUCGUUAGAUUCGCUAGCAGCACAAGCAUCGUCGGCACCAAAGCCCAAGGCACAAACUACCCGUGCUCCCGUAACAGCCACACAACCCUCCACGAAACUAAGUCAGACUGCAACUCCCAAGCAGUCAAAUCUAUCCGUGCCAGCACUGAAGACUUCCAGUGCGUCGUCAUCCACCACAGGUACUUAGCUUGUGAGGUUCACGGUAUCUUUCUCUCUCUCCCCCCCCCCCCCCUUGACUCUGCCAUGGCGACGUCAGUCUGCUGUUGGAGUGCUUACACAGAUCAAUCUGAAUCCAUCCAGUUCCAGUCUUUGUUAUACAAUGUGCUCUAACUCACCCCAGUGUGCAUGCACAUACAUGUGAACAAUGGGCGCGGUUGUUUCCUGGCGUUAGCCGGAGCAAAGAGUAUCAAUCCUGGGAGCUAUUAGAUGGUGCUGGUCAUGAUUUUCUGUUCUCUUGGCUUUCACUUUUUUUACCUCCUACUCACAAGCCUGACAGUCAUCCGUGUUGGAUGUUGCAUGUUCUUAUAAUCAACUGCCGGGCUUUCUUCAUGA